GGCCAGCCCUGUGCCCGCCGCAGCCAGCCCUCUGUGUACCGCCUGCUGUCCGCGCACCGCCGUCCGCCAGCCCGGGAUGAACGCGUCCCAGGCUGCCGGAGACGAGGCGCCGCACAGCGGGCGCUCGGUCAAGGUGGUCCUGGUGGGCGAUGGGGGCUGCGGGAAGACGUCACUGAUGAUGGUCUUCGCCAACGGGGCCUUCCCAGAGAGCUACAGUCCCACAGUGUUUGAGCGCUAUAAUGCCACUCUGCAAAUGAAGGGUAAACCUGUGCGCCUCCAAAUCUGGGACACAGCUGGGCAAGAUGACUACGACCGCCUUCGGCCCUUGUUCUAUCCUGAUGCCAAUGUCUUGCUCCUCUGCUUUGACGUGACCAAUCCAAACAGCUUUGACAACGUCUCCAACCGGUGGUACCCAGAGGUGACACAUUUCUGCAAGGGAGUGCCCAUUAUUGUUGUGGGCUGCAAGAUAGACCUGCGUAAGGACAAGGUGCUGGUGAACAAGCUUCGGAAGAAAGGACUGGAGCCCGUGACCUACCAUAGGGGCCAUGAUAUGGCAAGGUCUGUGGGAGCAGUGGCCUAUCUUGAGUGUUCAGCUCGGCUCCAUGACAACGUGGAAGCCGUCUUCCAGGAAGCAGCUGAAGUGGCUCUCAGCAGUCGCAGUCAUAACUUCUGGCGGCGGAUUACCCAGAAUUUUUGCGUGGUCACCUGACUGGUUUGGAACCCACCUUGCUUUCUGGUUUACUCAGCUGGACAAAGACCCAGGAGCAGACCUUCUACUCUGUUGACUGGGAUGGACCUAGUCCCCAGGCUGAGCUGGUAGAACCACACAUCCACAGAUGGGCUCCAAUGAGGCCAGGCCCCUGGACCAAGGAAUCCUGGAUUGAGGAAGAGGGUUUCCAGACCCUUAGCUCUGGAACC